GGAAACACCAACAAGUUUGGCCCAUACGAGAGAAUUUUUGAUUUAAUGACCAACUCGCCAUAGUCUCUGUACAUUUGAAUUGUUUUUAAAAAUAAAAAAAUAAUUGGUAAAAACAGAACAUUAGACAGAGUCAAGUUAACACUACAAGUGUUUAGUUGUUAAAGCGGUUUGACACAAGUCACACAUGGAAUUUUCAAAUUAUUGAGUGUGACACUUUUUUUCGUUUAAUUUUUGCAAAUUGUGCGUAAAAAAUCCAUUACGAUAAAUUAUAUGUAAAUAAAAGUGUAUUUUUUUACUACACACAUAAAUAAAGAAUUCAAUAAAAAAAAAAUAAAAAAAUAGAAAAUAAAUUGCGAAAAAUUUAAUAACAUUAAUGCUAACAUGACAAAGCAGAAAAAAUACAUUAUAAAUAAUAAAGAAUUAUAAAUUUUGCUAAAACGUCUGUCGUCUACGUGUGUGAGCGAACAAGUUAAUUUUGUUGUUGUUUGAUUUUUUGCAAGAAAAGUGAAAAAAAAUCAUAAAGAUUUUAUAACGAACACCGAGUUUAACUGACAAAUAAACUGCCAAAAUGCAGUCUUUUAAAGCGGAUGAACUGCCGGAAAAUCCGCGGGAGACCUCUAAUCCAUUAUCAACAUUAAUGUUUUGUUUUGCAAUGCCAACAUUUUUUAAGGGACGCAAAAAAAUAUUGGACGAAAGUGAUCUCUAUAAAGCUUUAAAGGAACAUAAAUCUGAUUUUCUUGGACACAAACUUAGCGUAGCAUGGGAGGAAGAGUGCAACAAAAAACAAAUGAAACACAAGGAGCCCAGCCUUCUAAAGGCGGUAUUGCGAGUGUUUGGUUUACGUUUUGCUACUUUGGGUCUAGUGCUUUUUAUUUUAGAAAUUGGUUUACGUGUCACUCAACCUUUAUUUUUGGGCGGUUUAGUUUCAUACUAUGCUAAGCCCGAGAAUAAUACGAGUAGUGAUCAGAAAACUGCGUAUUUGUACGCAUUGGGUGUUAUCUUAUGCAGUGCGUUGAAUGUUUUCUUUAUGCAUCCUUACAUGUUAGGCAUACUGCAUACGGGCAUGAAAAUUCGAGUGGCCAUGUGCAGCAUGAUAUAUCGUAAGGCACUGCGUUUGAGCAAAACAGCACUGGGUAAUACGACAUCCGGUCAGGUGGUCAAUCUAAUAUCGAACGAUGUUGGUCGCUUGGACACCUCAAUGAUACACAUGCACUAUUUGUGGUUAGGACCGGUUGAGAUAGUGAUUAUAACCUAUUUAAUGUACAGAGAGAUUGGUGUGUCUUCCCUAUUCGGCGUUGCCAUUAUGAUUCUAUUCCUGCCUCUUCAAGCCUUUUUGGGUAAAAAGACUUCUGUAUUACGUCUGCGUACUGCAUUGCGUACCGAUGAGCGUGUCCGCAUGAUGAAUGAAAUCAUCUCGGGUAUACAAGUUAUAAAAAUGUAUGCUUGGGAAAUACCCUUUGGUAAAAUGGUAGAGUACGCUAGAUUUAAAGAAAUGAAUGCCAUACGUUAUGUCAAUUAUAUACGUGGCAUUUUGCAAUCCUUCAUCAUGUUCUUAACCCGCAUCUCAGUGUUUGCCAGUUUGGUGGGCUUUGUGCUUUUGGGUAAAUUGCUAACGGCCGAAAAAGCUUUUGUCAUUACAGCUUACUACAAUAUUUUGCGCAACACAAUGACCAUAUAUUUUCCCAUGGGCAUUUCGCAAUUCGCCGAAACUAUGGUUUCGUUCAAGAGAAUCCAAAAGUAUAUGAUGCAUGAGGAGACAAAAGUUCGCGAUAAAUCGCUAGAAGUUGAUAGCGAGAAUAAUAAACUACAACCCAGUGCCAUUAUCGAGGAGAAUGGUAAAGCUAUUGCCAUGAAUGGCGUAAUAAAGCCAAUGACAACCAUGGUAAAUAAUGGUGGACAUCAUAUGGAUGCUGGCGUAGUGAUAAGUAAACUAAAGGCUAAAUGGGACUCACAAUCUACAGAAUAUACAUUGGAUGGUAUAGACUUGAAAAUUAAACCACGUACCCUGGUGGCGGUUAUUGGUCCAGUGGGUUCAGGAAAAUCAAGCUUAAUUCAAGCUGUACUUGGUGAACUUCCUGCCGAAUCUGGUUCUGUUAAUGUUAACGGCACUUUGUCAUAUGCUUCCCAAGAGCCCUGGCUAUUCACAGGUACGGUGCGUCAGAAUAUUUUAUUUGGUUUGCCAAUGGAUAGGCAGCGCUAUCGCACAAUUGUCAAAAAGUGUGCACUGGAGCGUGACUUUGAACUAUUACCCUACGGUGAUAAGACAAUUGUAGGCGAACGCGGCGCUUCACUGUCUGGUGGCCAAAAAGCCCGUAUAAGCUUAGCCAGGGCUGUUUAUCGCAAAACCGAUGUCUAUCUGCUCGAUGAUCCCUUAAGCGCCGUCGACACUCAUGUGGGCCGACAUUUGUUCGAUCAAUGUAUGCGUGGUUUCUUGCGUGACGACAUUGUUCUGCUCGUUACACAUCAGUUGCAAUUUAUGGAACAAGCCGAUCUUAUUGUGAUCAUGGAUAAGGGACGCAUUAGUGCUGUGGGUACAUUUGAAUCGAUGCGCAAGAGUGGUUUAGAUUUUGCUAAACUGCUGAUGAAAGCCGAUCAGCAAGAAGACUCCAACGGCAAGGCGGCCGCUGGCGAUGCCACUGAAAACAAUAAAACGGCUUUAUCGCGUCAAAAUAGCAAAAUGCGUUCGCGUCAAAAUAGUGUCUCUUCCAUGAGUUCAGCGGCAGAUUCUGCGCCUGGUGACUCGCCCAUGCAAGUACAAGAAAACCGUGAAGGAGGUAAAAUUGGUAUGAAACUGUAUAAGAAAUAUUUUGGUGCCAGUGGUGGUUAUUUCUUAUUUGCUCUGAUGGCUUUCUUCUGUGUUGGUGCCCAGGUUUUAGCAUCCGGUGGUGAUUAUUUCUUGUCAUAUUGGGUAAACAAGAAUGGACAAGCUGAUAUUCAAGUAACUGAUGCAUAUCGACGUCCUGAAGCCCGUUUGGACAGUAAUACCGAUCCCGUUGAUUUAUAUAUUUUUACGGCGCUCAAUGUCUCCAUUAUUUUCUUCGCCUUGACACGUUCUCUACUCUUCUUUAAUUUAGCCAAAAAAUCGUCCAUAAAUUUACACAACGCUAUGUUUAAAGGAGUAACCAGAGCCUCCAUGUAUUUCUUUAAUACCAAUCCUUCGGGACGUAUACUAAAUCGUUUCUCAAAAGACUUGGGCCAAGUUGAUGAAAUUUUGCCAGGUGUCAUGAUGGAUGUAAUACAAAUCUUUUUGGCUUUGCUUGGUAUAGUGGUGGUAUUGUGUUUGGUUAAUCCUUGGUAUUUAUUGGCCACUGCAUUGCUGGCCAUUAUAUUCUACUUUUUGCGAUCAUUCUAUUUGAAUACAUCUAGAGAUGUAAAACGUCUUGAGGCUAUAACCCGUUCUCCCAUUUACUCUCAUUUGGGUGCUUCCCUAAAUGGUCUUUCUACCAUACGCGCUUUCGGCGCCCAAAAAGUAUUGAUAGCCGAAUUUGAUAACUAUCAGGAUAUGCACAGUUCGGGUUAUUUUAUGUUUUUGGCUACAAGUCGAGCCUUUGGCUAUUGGCUUGAUUGCUGUUGUGUUCUCUAUAUUGCCAUUAUCACUUUAAGUUUUUUCCUUUUCUCACCGGAAAAUGGCGGUGAUGUUGGUUUGGCCAUCACCCAGGCCAUGGGUAUGACCGGUAUGGUACAAUGGGGCAUGCGACAAUCAGCCGAAUUGGAAAACACCAUGACUUGUGUAGAACGUGUUGUAGAAUAUGAAGAUUUAGAGGCAGAAGGUGAAAUGGAAUCACCACCGAAUAAAAAACCACCAAAAUCUUGGCCAGAGGAUGGUCAAAUUAUUUUCGACAAUUUAAGUUUACGUUACUUCCCAGAUCCCAAAUCAGAGUGUGUUUUGAAAGCUCUUAAUAUAUCUAUCAAAGCCAAAGAAAAAGUUGGUAUUGUUGGACGUACCGGUGCUGGAAAAUCGUCAUUGAUUAAUGCCCUCUUUAGACUUUCCUAUAACGAUGGCUCGGUGAUAAUCGAUAAACGUGAUACUAAUGAUAUGGGCCUUCAUGAUUUGCGCAGUAAAAUUUCUAUUAUACCUCAAGAGCCCGUAUUGUUCUCGGGUACUAUGCGUUAUAAUUUAGAUCCAUUCGAGGAAUAUUCCGAUGCAAAAUUGUGGGAAUCAUUAGAUGAGGUCAAACUAAAAGACGUUGUUUCCGAAUUACCUUGUGGUUUACAAAGUAAAAUAUCUGAAGGUGGCAGUAAUUUCUCCGUGGGACAAAGACAGCUGGUAUGUUUAGCACGCGCUAUAUUACGUGAAAAUCGGAUAUUAGUUAUGGAUGAAGCCACUGCCAAUGUUGAUCCACAAACAGAUGCUUUAAUUCAAAACACCAUACGAAAUAAAUUCCGACAAUGUACAGUUCUCACAAUAGCUCAUCGUUUGCACACCGUCAUGGAUUCCGAUAAAGUUUUAGUGAUGGAUGCCGGUCGUGCUGUCGAAUUUGGUUCACCAUUUGAAUUGUUGACACAAAGUAAAUCAAAUAUAUUUUAUGGAAUGGUGAAGCAAACGGGAAAUACAACAUUUGAUAGUUUAUUGAAAGUAGCACAAAAGGCUCAUGAGGAUAAUUUAAAGGCGAAAAAAGAUUCUUGACAUUUCGUAACGGUACCUAAAGUAUUUAAAGAGUAUAUAUUAAAAAUAUUAGAACCAAUAACAAAUCAUCCAGCAAAUGCUAGAAUACAAAAGACAUUAUUUUUUGAUAAUAAUGCAAUAUCAACAACCACAUCAUCUAUGACAACAAUAACAAAACCAAAAUUUUUAGGCUAAUAUAUUGAGAGAAUUUAAUCAAAUAAAUUGGAGAUUCGGCUGGGCCGAAUUUUAUAUAUACUCCAUCAUAAUUUUGAAAAAUUGAACGCAUAUAAUCGGUUUUUCUAAAAAUAAAUUUAGCCACAUUAUUUUGCUUAAAAAUAAGACUAUUGCAAAACAACUAUUACAAAAUUUAAUAAAGAUUUUUUUUAAUUUUCAAUUGAAGUUCAUUGUCAAAUCAAUUAUUUUUUAAAACUGUUUAACAGCAUCACUAAGCAGAAAGUCAAUUUCAACCAUAAAUAUAUUAAAAACUAUAUCCGAAUUUAUAUUUUAAUUAUAUGUAAAUAAUUCAUUAAAUUUGAAAAUAAUUCAAUGUUGAUGGAGGAUAUAAAUAAACAUAUACAUAAACCAAUAUCAAAAUAAUUAAAUAUCAAAGUAAACAGAACAAAAACUUUAAAGUCUAUGUACAACUGUAAUUUGAAAAUUAAAAUAAGUAGACAAAUGUGUAAAAAACAAAUAACUAAAUUGAUUUUUAUUUAAAGAAUUAAAAAAAAGAAAAACGUUUGAUUUUUUGUAAUGUAAAGAACAAUUAUUGUAUAUGUAUCAGUAAAUAACAAUUAACAAAAUGCUUUUUAAAAAAAUAAAAACUUUUAUAAGACAAUAAAUUAAAACAAACUACAAAAUGUAGAGAUAAAUGUGAAAAUAAAGUAACUAUAAAUAUAAAUAAAUUAAUAUUAAGAUUCUUAAUUUUUUAUACUAAAUUGUAUUAUGCAAUAAAUGUGUGUAAAUAGUAGUUGGUCCUCAAAGGAUUUUAGUCUAAAAAACACAAUCUGAUAAACAAAAAAUCACAAAAUGUUAAGAAUUUAAUUAAAACAAAGUACAUACUCACUCAAUUAAUUAAACAAACAAAUAUGUGUUCCAGUGAAAACGACAAUAUUUUACAUUUGUUGGCAUUUUCUAUUAUUGUUUCUUUAUACAUACAUACAUACAUAUGUAAUAACUAUAUUUUUAUUAUUAUAAUUUGUAAUAAAUUUUAUUAUUUUGUAUUUAUUUUAACACGGUAAAUAUUUAUAAUUAAGUCAAACGAUGAAAUAAAAAUCAUAUACAAAAAAUAA